AAUCAACUAGCCUACGUUGGAUGCUACGAUCGGCAGAAAAGGAAAUGUUAGAAUCAACAUUUGUCUUAUAAGAACAAAGCUGAGUCAAUAAAAAAUGUUGAAUUAACAAAUUUGUAAAAAGAAAAGAUGGGACAGCAUUUAUUGUAAAAUGUUAAAUCAACUAAGUUCAUAAGUAAAAAAAUAAGUUUUAGAUAUGAGAAACACAUCCUGAAGGAAUCCAUGUCGAUAGCAGCUACCCACAAAGGUAAGAGAUGGGAGGAAAUUGGUCAAAACAAAAUUGACCACUAGUUGGCUACGGGUAUGUUUGGAUCCACCUAGUAUUGGAGAAAGCUAGCUUGUAAAUUGUGGGUUGUUAAAAAUUGGAUUGUAAAGAAUGUAGAGUUGCAAAACGUUUGGUUCCACCUAAAUUGUGGGCUGGUUGUUCACAAGUUGAUAGAACUGGAAGGAGACACAGUUUGUAAGAUUCCAUAAAUGUUGUGUCUCGUAAAAUUCCAUAAAUGUAAAAUUGAUGGAUCGUAAAGAUCACAAUCGGUGGUGUUUGGAUCGUAAGAUGGAUUUGUAAAAGCUGGCUUGCACAAUGAGACCAAAAUUGUCUUGUAUAUUUGUUUCCACUCCGAUAAGAGAGCUGGAUUCCACGGCCCAAAGGGAAAACAAAGGGAAAACAAACAUGCCUAAAUAGUUGCGCCGAAUAGCAAAAUCCGUACUAGUUCCCAGCCAUUUUGUUUGGUGUAACCUCGCUGUCCAUGAGGCGUCAGCAUUCAGCAGCCCUGCAGCCGUCCUCGGAACAACAACACUGCCAAGUAGGGUCAUCACACGCGACGUGAUGGGCCUUCGAUCCCAGAGGAAGGCCGCGCAAUGAUCGAUCCAGACCACCGGAGCCCAACCAAUCAUCGCUCCAAAAGAAACGCGCCCUGAAUCGUCGGCCGAGCGGACGGAGCCACAGGAUUCGCCGGCCGAACAAGGCAAGGCAAACCACCCCGGGCUCACCUCCGUCCACGCCGCCGACUUCCGCGGCUGUCAACACGCGAGCGGCCACCCCUUGCCCUUUUCCCCGUCCGUUUUUGCCGCCGUCCCUCACCCAUAAAAUUCCCUGCUCGCCGGGGAAGCGACGCAACCGAGCUGGCCACCGACCAACGACGAACGCUCAACGUAAACGCGACGUGCUUUCCUUUUUGCCGUCGUUUUGCGAUUGUGCACGAACAGACCGACAUUCCCCCGGCCGAUCUGACUUGAUCGCCAUGGACACCGCGCCGAUGCUGCUGCAGCAGCACGCGGCCGCGCCGGCGUCGGGGAGGUGCCUGCUGGGUGGGCGCGCCUCGCCGAACAGGGUCGCGUUCCGACGGUCGCGUCAAGGUGCUGGCGGCUGCAGGGACCUGAGGGCCGGCGGGCUCGGCCAGUUCUUCGGCGCCGGCGAUCACAGCAGCAAGAGCCACGAGGUGGACGACCUGGCCCCGGCGAGGCUGUUCGUGGGCCUGCCCAUCGACUCGGUCACGGACGGCGCCACGGUCAACAGCGCGGCGGCCGUCGCGGCCGGGAUCCGCGCCGUCCGGCUGCUGGGUGCGGACGGCGUGGAGCUGCCCGUGUUCUGGUCCGUGGCGCAGCCGGAGUCGCCGGACCGCUUCUCCUGGGCAGGGUACCUGGCCGUGGCGGACAUGGUGCGCGCCGAGGGCCUAAGCCUCCGCGUGUCGCUCCGCGCCCACGGCACCCCCGGCGCCGGCGUCCCCACGCUGCCCUCCUGGGUCAGCGGCGUCGCCGCCGACGACCCCGACAUCUUCUUCACCGACCGCUCCGGGGGGCGACACGAGGGAUGCCUCUCCUUCGCCAUCGACGAGCUCCCCGUGCUCCACGGCAGGUCCCCGCUCCAGCUCUACGAGGCCUUCUUCCGCGGCUUCGCAGCCGCGUUCGACGACUUCUUCGACUCCACCAUCACGGACGUGACGGUGGGGCUGGGCGUGCACGGCGCGCUCCGGUACCCGUCGUACCCGCCGGGGAGCGACGCCAGCAAGUUCAUCGGCGUCGGGGAGUUCCAGUGCUACGACAAGUACAUGCUGGCGCAGCUGAGGCAGCACGCCGAGGAGGCCGGGAACGCCAUGUGGGGGCUGUCGGGCCCGCACGACGCGCCACGCUACCACGAGUCGCCGGACUCGUGCGGUUUCUUCCGGGAGCGCGGCGGGUCCUGGGAGACCACCUACGGCGACUUCUUCCUCUCGUGGUACGCCGGGCAGCUGGUGGGCCACGGCGACCGCGUCCUGGGCAUGGCGGCCGCCGUGUUCGGCGGCAAGCCAGUGGCGCUUUCGGCGAAGAUCCCCUUCAUGCACUGGUGGCACGGGGCGCUGUCGCGGCCGGCGGAGGCGGCGGCGGGGUUCUACAAGAGCAAAAAGAAGAACGGGUACAGCCCCGUGGCCAAGAUGUUCGCGCGCCACGGGUGCACCAUGAUCGUGCCGGGCAUGGACGUGUGCAUGAACAAGCAGCACCACAGCGCCGGCUCCAGUCCCGACCAGCUGCUCAAGCAGAUCAAGAACGCCUGCCGCCGCCACGGCGCGCGCAUCGCCGGCGAGAACGCCUCGCUCGCCAUGUCGCACACCAGCAGCUUCUCCCGCAUCCGGAGCAACAUCCUCACCACCGAGCUCAUGCGGCCAUGCCACUUCACCUACCAGCGCAUGGGAGCGGACUUCUUCUCGCCGGACCACUUCCCCCAGUUCAUGGAGUUCGUGCGCAGCGUCGUCUGCGGCGAGUGGGACGAGGACGACGCGCCCGGCGACGAGGACCGCGCCAUGGCCGCGUCGGGCAGUGCAAAGGCCAAGGCAGCUUGACUAGCUCAUCGUCGAUCACCUUGCUCUGUCUGUCACAGUGUCAUUAACAUGCAAAUACUUGUUUCAAAGUUGUAAUAAUGGUAAAUAGUGCUUUUAGCUGAGAAGAGCCAGAUGAUCCAAGUAUUAGUGGAUCAUGGUUGCCAGUUGUAUGAUUCUAUAUGCAUUUCAUUUGACGAUGGUUUUUUUUUGUAUUCGGAGGUUUUGUAUCUAUCUUUGGUCGUAUGUAUUGUCUCAACAUGGAUGGGGGCCUUCUCCUUUUUUUUCAUUUUA